CUUGGGGCCUGAACUGUCAACUUUGACAUCUAAGUGUCAUGUCAGUGUAUAUGUUUUGUGUGCCAUGUCUUAACCUAAUUUUUUUACUGAAAAAUUAAAAAUAUCGUUUCAAAAUGAGCAUAAUCGGCCAAGUUCUAAAAAAUGUUUACCCAGCUGUUGCUAGAAGUGUUAGUCACCUACAAUUGAACCUAGCAACCCGUUCAUCCAGUUACAAAAGCUCCAUAUCACUCGAUAAAUUGUACCCAACUAGCAGUUUAAAAUUGACUACUCCUCCGCCUCCCCCUCCAAAUGAUAAGGGAUUCAAUGGAUAUAUUCCUGUAGAUGAACUCGAAAUAACUUACAGUAAAAGUACAGGGCCUGGAGGGCAAAAUGUAAAUAAAGUUAAUACUAAAGUAGACGUGAGAUUCAACGUGGAUAAAGUCAAAUGGCUUAGCGAGGAAGUCAAACAGAAGCUGGCAAAUAAUUAUAGAUCAAAGAUAACAAAAGAUGGAUACUUGAUUUUUAAGUCUGAUUUGACAAGAUCACAACAACUAAAUCUGGCAGAUUGUUUGGAAAAAAUAAGGAGUUGUGUUAGAAAUGUUUUGGUAGAAAAGAAAGAACCAUCUCCAGAAACUGAAGAAAGAAUCCGCCGAAGAUUAGAAAAAGCGGCAAGGGAAAGACUAGCCUUCAAAAGACAUAGGUCAGAAGUAAAAAAUGACAGAAGGGCUAAUAUUAUUGUAUAGAUAAUGUAGAUAUAUAAUAAUUACAAUACAAUUUACAAACUAGCUAGUCUUUCAAUCCAGUUGACACCAUAAUCUAGACAUAA